AUGAGUAAAAAUUUACGCCUCUCUGUGCCCUUUUCAGAUGUAACCCGGGCGUGCGUUAUUGAUGGGUCGCGCGGCGCCGAGACGCGCGGAAAGUGGGUCAGGGGGGGCGGAGGCGCAGCCGCCGCGGCACUGCGCCCUCAGCCCCCAGCCAUGGCGGACGCGCCGCCCGAGGUACUGGAGCUCAACGUGGGCGGCGUGCACUACGCCACCACGCGCGACACGCUGCUGCGCGAGCCGGACUCGCUGCCGGCCACCGCGCUCGCCGACCCGGAGCACCCGCGCGACGCCCGCGGCCGCAUCUUCUUCGACCGCGACGGCGUGCUGUUCCGGUACGUGCUCGACUACCUCCGCGACGGCGGCCUCGUGUUGCCCGAGUGCUUCCGGGAACACAAGCGGCUCGCGAGGGAGGCCAAGCAUUACCGCCUGCCGGGGCUCGAGAGCGCCGUCAGGGACUCGGACCCGCGCCCUGCCAACCGCGAGCGAGGCUGCAUCGUCGUCGGGUACCGGGGCAGCUUCCAGUUCGGUCGGGACGGCCUCGCAGACGUUAAAUUCCGCAAGUUGUCGCGGAUCCUCGUCUGCGGGAAGGUGACCCUAUGCCGCGAUGUGUUUGGGGAGACGCUGAACGAGAGUCGUGAUCCAGACCACGGGCUGGCGGACAGGUAUACGUCGAGGUUCUUCCUGAAGCACUCAUUCAUCGAGCAGGCGUUCGACAUGCUGCAGGAGAACGGCUUCAAGCUGACGGGCAGCUGCGGCAGCGGCACGGCUGGCGGCGCCGCCGAACUCAAACCGGGCGUCGACUCCGAAGAGAACCGCUGGAACCACUACAACGAAUUUGUGUUCGUGCGAGAUUAACUUCGGCGCUAGUACAUGUGAUAAUCAGCUGACGACCGUCUGACGUGCGCCGUACGGCACGGAGAAGGCAAUCUAUGUGGCAAAUGAUGUGAAAGGUAAAGCGGUGUGCUUAUUUAGCUCCGUUUGUUUUCUUUACAUGUAAACAUUACGAAACGCGUUGAGUUUGGAAGGCAAUGUGAAGUAAUUCCCGUAUCGAAGUAGUUUGUUUAUUAAUUCAGAAAGUCUCCCGGUAUAUAUAUAUCUUUAUUAUAUUGGUGUAGAUAAAUAAAUCAGACCUUAAUAAUAAUCAUGUAACAAAUAGGUAGAUUUAAAUGUAAAAAUAUAAAAUACAGUAGUUAUAAAAGUUAUCUCCUUUUAGGACUAUCUUAUGUACUGUGACAUACUUAAUGUAUUUUCCUAAUUAUUUUAUACCUACUUUAUAAAUAAAUAUCUUAUAUGUAAUAUAUUUUGAAAAAAAAAAACUUGCGUGGGCCAUCUCUUUUGAUAUGAAUAUGCCAAAUUAUUAUAAAUUUUAUCCUAUUCUCAUAGGGUUUUGUUUUCAACGAUACUUAUGAUGCCAAGAAACCUCUACAUCUGAGUAUUACUACGUACUGAACGAUGCGUUGUGAUCGAAAUACAUUUUAUUUAUUCUUCUAGACAUUUCUACAUAAUAGAGUAAUAGCAGUAAGUUUAAAGUGAACUUCAAAGUAAAUAGUCAUGUAAGGACAGCGCGAAUGAAACGUACCUAAAGAAAGUAGUUAAGGAUCCUUAUCUUUGGGUGUAAAACUCGAGUUUGACUCAAUCGCUGGAGCACAGGGCGUAAAACUUUUAUCUAACAAGAUAACGACGCCAAUUAUUUCUGGAAUAUGAAAGCUAUUCGCGAAGUUAAGGAAAGUAUUGCCAGUUACCCAAUUCCGCCAAGUUAGGUCGUUAGCUUAGGAAUUUGUUUAACAAGUCCCUGUGUAACAUUUUCCCUCAGUUUCAUUCAACAGCUGCGAUAACCUAUACUGUUAUUGCUGUUCCUUAUGCCUUUUGGGGUUGUGAAGUGGUAGAAAGUGAUGGAGCUAAUAUUCCGAAACAAACAACGAGAUUGUAUUUGCAAUAUUCUUCUUGGGUAACUUCGGAAAUCAUCAACAUCACUUUAUGAGGGUUGGUUCGGUAAAUGAACGUUUGCAAAUUCCUAAAAAGUAUUUUCUCCCCUCUACGUUUUGGGAUUCGUUUUAAAUGCUAUGAGUUAAGUAUUUAGGUACAUCAAAAUGGGUUCCAUUAUAAAGCGUAAAUUUUGAAUCUAGAAUCUGGAAUGGAAGAAUUACUAAAAUACAAUAUUGAACCACUUCACAUACCUAGAUCUGAUUAUAAUCUGCAUUGUAAGUGAUCGCAGUCAUAUCAUUAGAUAAAUUAUUAAGCUGAACUUCCAAAAAUCUUCCGCUUAAAGUUCGCACAAAGUAGACAAACGAAAAUUGUCUGAAAUUUCGAGCCCGAGUUCAAGAUUUUUUGAGCGCAUUUUGUAGUCGGAAUUUAAAUUUGAAAAAUGGCAGACAUUUACGUAGCUGGAGUAAUACUUAGAUGGAUAAAAGGUACCUAUUUGCCUUUCCUUUCAAGGAAAAUUUUAGAAAAGAAAUUAAAUGUUAAACCAUUAUUUCGUUACGUUCUGUAAAGAUUGUUUAAUUUCUUGGAAAAAAUAGUAGGUAAAUGCGUAAACUCGAUGCGUAAUUUUCAUGAAGUGACGCCAUUAGGUACUUCAAAAAAACGUAAUGGGUUCCUAAUGGAAAAAUAACAGAAUAAUUGGAUUUCCAUGUUCAAAAAAUAGAACAUCGCAUGUUACGAUAGUAGGUAAGUACCUAUCUAAUCUACAGUUAUUUUGGCUACGGAAAAUGCUUUGAAUUUGACAUUUAACGUAAAGAACUAUUACGUAUUCUGUAAUUUAACGAAACGCACGCAACGAAAUAAACUUGGAAAAAUAAAGAAACGUUUUACUCUUAAUUGCUUUCAAUUUCACGGUUAUCUUGACCACAUAAAUUGAGUUAUUGAGCUCUUUGAUCUGAAAUAAUAAUAAACAUGAAACUGUUACGAACUCGAUAAUACGUAUGAAAUUUUAGAUAUUGGACAGUCAUUCUUAUUAAAAUUGAAUUUAGGACGUAGGUUGAGUGAAGAAUUCUACCAUCCUGUCUAUUAAUAAACAAAAGCUUAAGCAUAAAUAACCAUCAAAGGUAUAUGAUAUCAAUCGGUAUAGAAAGUAAAUUUCAUGAAUAGUACACUUUACCACACCUCAGGGAUGUUCUAUUUGCAAACUCGGAGUAAUAAGUUAUACGUAAAGCGAUGCGCUCGAGAAUUCUUAACUCGGAAACUCGGAAGUACGAGUUAGAUAGUGUGCGGUUACCUUUAUAUUGCAUUUAGGCUGAAUCAAUGCUAAAAGCAUUGAACGAUCUCAUUGUUAUCUACCUUUUAUAAUAACAUUUUCUGCCGUUUAAUGGCGGUUCCAUAUAAAAGUAGAUAAUUAACAAAAUGUUCAAUAAAUUAUGAUAUUUUAAAGACUCGCCGUAAGAAAGGCGAAAGAGAAUAUAAUCGAGAAAAUAAUAUUAUAAGUAAUGUAUUGUAGGUUAAGGUAGUUUAAAUAAAUAAAGAUUGUGUUAGAAAUCAAUGUUUUAUUGUUUAGAGAAUUUAUGUAACUUAGAGACGGUAACAUAACAAGUUUAUUGGACAUAACAAUUUUAACUUUACAUUUAAAGUGUAUGGUAAGGAAUCAGUUGUGAUGUGCAUGUAAUUUUAUCUUGUAACUAGAAGACAAAAACAGUGUUGAAACUGGACUUGACCUUACUUGUAGAAUUUCUAAAUGAAUAAAUAG